UUUCUCUUCUCCUUCGCCUCCUUCCCUUUCUCUCUUUUGUUCCUCUAUCUCCCUUCUCCUCUCUCUCUUCCGACUGGCUACUUCCGCUCCGUCGCUGGCGAUUCCAUGGCAGAAACCCCACAGAGGAGACAAUCGCCGAGGAAACCGAAGCUUGCGACGCCAAAGCUCACUCCUAAACCGUCCCCUUCUCCGUUUCCGGUCCCUCCUGAAACCCCAGCAACUGCAACCCCGCUUCGCCGAUCUGCCCGCCGGUCGUCUCUUUCAUUUAAGGAUAUUGCAUUGAAGACGCAAGCCGAUGUGAAAUCCACAGGGGACUCGUCGAAAAAGUCCCGGAGAAAUGCUAAGGAAACGGAAAUUAGUAAAACCCCCAGUAAUCCCAUUUCUGCGGGAAAUGACGGAACCCAGGAGACGAGUAAUUCAGCGAGGAAGUUAAGGCGUAGAAUUGAGAAAGAGUUGGAGGAGGCUCCAAUUGCUCCGGUAUCACCGGAGCAAUCAGAGAGUCGGAAGAGGAAAAAAGGGGGAAAUGAGCCAGUGCACGUGGUCACAAGAGCCAGGGCUUCAAGGGGUUCGGAGGAUGGGGCGAAGAAGAGAGGCCGUGAUGCUCCGAAGAAGAAGGUUUACUACAAGGUAGUAGUGUACGAUGGAGGUGAAUUUGGAGUAGGAGAUGAUGUGUAUGUCAAGAGGAGAGAAUAUGCGAGCUCGGAUGAUGAGGACCCCGAGGUGGAGGACUGUAGGAUUUGCUUCAAAACUGGGGAUAUCAUGAUCGAGUGCGAGGAUUGCUUAGGUGGGUUUCACUUGAAAUGCUUGAAGCCACCGUUGAAGGAAGUACCUGAAGGGGAGUGGGCAUGCAAGUUUUGCGAGGCAAAGAAAUCAGGUAAGGAGGUUGAGCUUCCGAAGCCACCCGAAGGGAAGAAAAGGGUCAGGACUGCCAGGGAGAAGCUUCUUUCUAGUGAUCUCUGGGCAGCCCGAAUCGAGAGUUUGUGGAGAGAAGUCAAUGGUACUUACUGGUGUCGAGUUCGGUGGUACAUAAUUCCUGAAGAGACUGCCGCUGGAAGGCAGCUGCAUAACCUGAGGAGGGAAAUAUAUCGAACGAAUCAUUUUUCUGAUAUUGAGAUGGAAUGUGUCCUUAGACACUGCUUUGUCAAGAAUCCUAAAGAAUAUGGCAAGGCUGACUAUGAAGGCGAUGAUGUCUUUAUGUGCGAGUAUGAAUAUGACAUACACUGGCACAGUUUCAAGUGUAUCGCUGAGAUUGACAAUGAUGAAGAGAAUGGCGGAAAAGCUGGCAGUGAUGAAGAUUGGAACUUGCCAAGUAAUGCUGAUCCAGAGUCUGACGAAGAUAUGGACUUCGAUGAAGAAAGAGAAAAGGGUUUGCGGUUAAGAUCAUUGACUGGUGAAUUUGCUGCAAAUUCAAGGAAAGGGAAGUUCUUUGGACUCCAAAAAAUAGGCACAAAGCAGAUUCCAGAGCAUGUGCGCUGCCACAAGCAGACUGAACUCGAAAGAGCAAAAUCCACACUUCUACUGGCAACUUUACCUAAAUCUUUACCCUGCAGGAAUAAAGAAAUGGACGAGAUUACUUCCUUUAUAAAAGGAGCCAUCUGCGAAGAUCAAUGUUUGGGACGUUGCCUAUAUAUACAUGGUGUUCCAGGAACUGGCAAGACGAUGACUGUACUUGCAGUAAUGAGGAAUCUGAAGUCCGAAGUUGAUGCUGGUAGCAUUAAACCGUACUGUUUCGUGGACAUUAAUGGUCUUAAGCUGGCAUCACCAGAGAAUAUCUAUAGGGUUAUUUAUGAGGCAUUAACUGGACAUAGAGUUAGCUGGAAAAAGGCCCUUCAACUUCUCAAUGAGCGUUUUUCAGAUGGAAAGAAAAAUGGCAAAGAGGAUAAUCGGCCUUGCAUUCUACUGAUUGAUGAACUUGAUCUGCUUGUAACCAGAAAUCAGUUGGUUCUUUAUAACAUUCUUGAUUGGCCUACUAAAUCCAAUUCCAAAUUGAUUGUAAUAGGUAUAGCAAACACUAUGGACCUUCCAGAGAAGCUACUUCCGCGUAUAUCAAGUAGGAUGGGCAUCCAAAGACUUUGUUUUGGUCCUUAUAAUUAUCUGCAGCUUCAAGAAAUCAUAUCCACUCGCCUCAAAGGAAUUGAUGCAUUUGAAAAGCAAGCCAUAGAAUUUGCUUCCAGGAAGGUUGCAGCUAUCUCAGGAGAUGCACGUCGUGCUUUGGAGAUAUGUAGACGUGCAGCAGAAGUUGCGGAUUAUUGUAUGAAGACUUCCUCCAAGUCUGUUUCUUCAGGAGGGAAAGCUCUUGUUGGUAUGGUGGACGUUGAGACGGCCAUUCAGGAAAUGUUCCAAGCUCCUCAUAUUCAAGUAAUGAAAUCUGGCUCCAAACUUAGUAAAAUCUUACUGACGGCAAUGGUUCAUGAGCUGUACAAAACAGGGAUGGGUGAAACAACCUUUGAGAAGUUGGCAACAACAGUUUCAUGUCUCUGUGCAAGCAAUGGAGAAACUUUUCCCGGAUGGGACACACUCUUGAGAGUUGGCUGCAUGCUGGGUGAAUGCAGAAUCAUCUUAUGUGAACCUGGGUCGAGGCACCGGCUACAAAAGUUGCAGCUCAAUUUCCCUAGUGAUGAUGUCACAUUUGCACUUAAGGACAGCAAGGAACUGCCUUGGCUCGCCAAGUACCUGUGAUUCGAUGAUUCGCCGAGCCGUCAUCAUCAUGCUCAGAAAACUCAGAAUGUAGAGGAACUUGGAUCUCAGACUCAUCUUCUGAGUUAUAGCUCCCUUUCCUAUUUAUGUCCGAAUCAAUUUAUGGGAGAACUAUCAAUUUUGGUUCUCAACGAUGAUAAACACUUGGGAUUUCAGGACAGUUCGAAAUUAUGAAAGAUACAUUUUUUUAUGGAUCA